AUGAUGGCUAAGCGGAAGAGGUCCUCAGUAUCAGCUGCGACCGCUACGGCGGACGAAGCUCUUGCUACGAACACAACCAAGGUGCGUCGUACGGGCGUGCCUUUACCUCCGAACAUGGCCAAGCCAGCGCGUCGCCAGUCCACCCGUGGGGGUACAGCUGCAAUUGCCACGGAUCCCAAUCUCAACCCUGAUAUCUUGGACGGAAUAACCGCUUUGCGAGCCUCGCCCGAUGGGCACGAAUACGGCGACCUGGAGUCUCGUCUGGAGCCUUCUACGACGAGCGGCAUCAGCGCAGCAUCCGACGCAACCACGGAGAAGAAAACGCCAUCAACAGGCACAAACGGCGAGGUGAUCAGCAGCACUGCGCGCGAUGCCAACGGAGCCGCUUCUGCAACACUAGCUAGUAGGAAGAAGGCCAAGAAGGCUGGCGCGCAGCAUGUGAAGAUCGAAGUCGGAGAAAGCAAUAUCGGGGCCGUCAAUGGCGUCAAGGAGAAUGUCACUGGCCCCGUGGCAGUCGUUGAUGCCUCUGGUGAUGCCUCGGCAUUAGAUGCAGAGAAUGAGGACGAGAUAGAGGGCAAGGAAACCUUGUCCAGACCCCCACCGGUAAACUCGGAAUAUCUACCCCUGCCAUGGAAAGGGCGGUUAGGCUACGCUUGCCUCAAUACGUACCUCCGUAACGCAAAUCCCCCCAUCUUUAGCUCGAGAACCUGCCGCAUCGCGAGCAUCCUUGAGCAUCGCCAUCCCCUGAAAGAUCCCUCUCAGCCCGAACACGCCAUCAAGAAUCGUCCCGAUGAAAAUCAGCCGGCGGAUAUUGCGAGAGGACAGAAAUAUGUGGAAGAGCUAGGACUCGCUAAUGCGCGAGAUAUCACCAAGAUGGUGCGCUGGAACGACAAGUACGGUAUCAGAUUCAUGCGCUUGAGCAGCGAGAUGUUCCCUUUCGCGAGCCAUGACGAAUACGGUUAUAAGCUCAAGCCAUUUGCCGAGGACACGCUUCGUGAAGUGGGCCAAGUCAUUGCACAGCUAGGCCACAGGGUCACGACGCAUCCCGGCCAAUUCACACAGUUGGGUUCUCCGCGAAAACAAGUCAUCGAUAACGCAAUUCGCGACUUGGAGUAUCAUGAUGAGAUGCUGUCGCUGCUGAAACUCCCUCCGCAACAAAACCGAGAUGCUGUCAUGAUAUUACAUCUAGGUGGUGCCUACGGGGACAAGCCCGCUGCAAUUGCCAGAUUCAAGGAGAACUACGCAAGGCUUCCUCAGAGCGUUAAGAACCGUCUUGUCCUUGAGAAUGACGAUGUUGUCUGGUCGGUGCAUGAAUUACUGCCCUUGUGUCAAGAGCUCAACAUCCCAUUCGUGCUGGAUUUCCACCAUCACAACAUCAUCUUUGACGAGACGCAGAUUCGCGAAGGCACUGAAGACAUUAGGGCUCUCUUCCCUGCUAUCCUUGAGACGUGGGCGAGAAAGGACAUCACGCCCAAGAUGCAUUAUUCUGAAUCAUGCCCACCUGCGAUCACUCGCACUGCCCGGAGAAAACAUUCACCUCGUGUCAUGACGCUCCCUCCUUGCCCUGACACAAUGGAUUUGAUGAUUGAGGCAAAGGAUAAAGAGCAAGCAGUCUUUGAGCUCAUGCGUACUUUUAAGCUUCCCGGCUUUCACACUUUUAGUGACAUCUUGCCCCAUACGAGACAAGACGAAAACAGGCCUUGGAAGCCAAAGCCCAAGAAAGCUGCAAAGCGGGGCAAGAAGAAGACGGAUGACCUUGAGGAUCUGGAUGCGAAGCUUGAGGAAGCUGAAGAGGACGUACCUCCACCCAUAGUGCCCGAGGAGGAAGUGGCAAUGGGUGGACCAGAGGGACGAGUCUACUGGCCUUCUGGCAUGGAGGAAUGGCUUAGACCCCCAAAACGCAUCAUCAAGAAGAAAGAAGAGAGUGCCGCUACACCCGCCAGGAAGAAGCGCAAGACUGCAGGUCCUGCGGGGGAUGAAGCGUCUCUUGCUAGUGAGUCUGCUGCUAUCGAUGAAAUCAAAACACCAGCCAAGAAAGCGGCGCCCAAGCGGGCAGCAAUUUCAACUAAGAGGAAGGCGCCGAAGUCCGUCCCCACUCCUUCAGCUUCAGACGAAGAUGAUGAUCAUCCCAGCUCACCCCCGCUCAGUGACCUGGGAACCGAAGACGAGGUUCCUGCCGGCCAGAAGCGAGCUGCACGACCUGCAUCAACACGGAAGAAGUCUGGCAGGGCGACGGCAAGGGUGAGCUACAAGGAAGAGGAAGCGGACGAGAUGAUGUAA